GGACAGCUUUGAUAGCGCUCUGUCUGUCUAGCCCUGACACUGUAAGGACGUCAGACCUAUGCAGAAUCACACUUGCGUUUCCUCCGAGCACUUCGACUAUCGAAUUCCAUUGUAAUUUGACUGUGUGUGUUGCGUGAUCUAGAAACACCACACACGUGAGUAAGCUUCAGCGAGAGGUAUUCGUUUACAAUUGGCUGCGCAUGCGCAUUCUCGUCGCGCAACCUUGUAUGAGAUUUCAAGUAGUUGGCGGCAUUGACUGUGUGUGUGAGAGAGAGGGAGACUUUGAUCGGUGUGGGCUUUCGCAGACAGCGAAGGUAUCAAUGACACAUGCUCAGACUUCGCGCAAAGCUUGGAUGGAGUGUUCAUGCUAGUGUGAGGUGGUUUUAGACAUUUUCUGUCGCCGAGGAUUUCCACUACACCAUGUCAAUGCCUCACCGCGCCCAUAGACAGCACUGCUACCUGUGCGAUCUUCCUAGGACACCAUGGGCUAUGUUACAUGAUUUCUCUGAAUCUGUGUGUCGAGGAUGUGUCAACUAUGAAGGACCGGAUCGUAUAGAAAUGGUCAUCGAAGCAGCGAGACAAAUGAAACGUGCUCAUGGAUUCCAAGAAGGGCGAUCGUCUGUCAAACAGGGACAGCCACCGUCACACGGACACAUGCCCCCACGUCACCAUCCUGACGCACACUUGGAACCCCCGCGGAUACACCAUGGCCCCCCUCCACCAGACAGGUACCGGAAUGUUAUGGAAUACACCCCGGGGCCAAGAAUCAAUGGCAUCGCUGUCGGACAUGUUAUGCAUAGACCAGACGAACAGCUUUCCGAUCUUCAACGGGGAAGCCCCACUAUUCCACGAGGGCCCCUCCCCCCUCACCAAGGAUUUCCUGGCCCACUCCCCCCAGGUAGGCAUCCCCACGGGUUAGGGCUGAUGCCCAUGCCACACCCUGCCCCCAUGAACGGUAAGCGUGGGGAGGCAGAGGAGGAAGAAAGUUCCAACCAUUCAAGUAGUGAUGAGAACGGAAACAAAAUGGGACCAAUAGACGAUCCGGCCCUGAGGCCACCACUUGUACGUGAGACUGUGGCAGUGUUGUCGUCUGCAGUGCCUUUUGAGAUAAGAUUCAAGAAAGAACAUUCAUUGUGUGGACGUGUGUUUGCUUUUGAUGCAAGUAUCAAACAGGGUGCUGAGUAUGACUUAAAAAUGUUUGUUGAGUAUCCUCUGGGAUCGGGUACAAUUUACAGCAGUGCUUCUGGGGUUGCCAAGCAAAUGUACCAGGAUUGCAUGAAGGACUUUGGUAUUAAGGGAUUAUCUUCAGGUUUCAAGUAUCUUGAGUAUGAAAUGAAACAUGGAAGUGGUGACUGGAGAUUACUUGGUGAUAUGUUGCCAGAGUUGGUACGCAUAUUCAAGGAUCCUGUUAAGAAGGAUAUGAUCCCCACACCCCACGUUGACAGCUCACUUCCCCCUUUGCCCAGCCCCUCCUCGUUAUCGAGGGGUCAUGCAGGGACACCCAAGCCCCCUGUUCCAAGGUCUAUGUAUGAGGGAAGGAAACGCAAGGCUUCGCCUGACCCAGAGGGGGAAGUUAGAGGUAAGCUGUCAGAAGAGCAAUUUAAACGUCAACAGUGGAUGCAAAAUCAAUCAGAAGCUUUAAAACUUACUAUAAAUUCUGCUGCAUAUAGCUCUGGGAUGCCAAGCUCAACAUCAAUGUCACCCUUGAGUAAUCACACCCCUACCCCACCGGAAGCUGGAAGUGGACAGAACGGCCCUUCGCCAAUGGCGGCACUGAUGACCGUUACAGACAAUAUUACACCAGGUGGGUCACCAAUAAGGGGAGAGGGUGGAAUUAGACAUGGCCAAAGACAUAAUCAUUCCCCAGCUACCCAGCACUUGUUUCGUGGUCGUUCAGUAGCUCAGGGGCCAGUGUCUGAUGCAGGGGUUGGUAGUACAAUGCCCGAAUCUACAGUCCCAAAUUCAGAAACAUUAAAGUGUACUUUGUGUCAUGAAAGACUAGAGGAUACUCACUUUGUUCAGUGUCCCUCUGUUGGUGAACACAAGUUUUGUUUUCCUUGCUCAAGAGACAGCAUCAAACGUCAAGGAGCUGGGGCAGAAGUGUAUUGCCCAAGUGGCAAAAAGUGCCCACUAGCUGGUUCAAAUGUCCCCUGGGCUUUCAUGCAAGGUGAGAUUGCAACAAUUCUUGGUGAAGAUUUCAAGGAAUUGAAGAUCAAGAAAGAGCGAGAUACUUAAACACACUGACAGUUGUUUCAUAUACAGUUUGUACCAAAGAAUGAAUUUUAGCUGAACUUGUAAUGGCUUUUCUCUUGUCAAAUUGUCUCCAUCAUCAUGGUAUCGAGAGGUAUUUAUGUAUUUACAAAUAUCAGAAAGAAGUGUUCUUUACAACUGAGGUGUUCUUUCACUGCCGCUAAACAGUUUGAACAUUGAUACAUUGUGACUUGAGAAUGUUAACCUUGAACAUGGUGUCCUGUUAGUAAGACAUGAGGCUUAUGAGACUGAAUUGAUGACUGCAGGUAAUGCCACAGACAUGGGUGCUGUGGCUCACUACAAGAAGUGCGAUUGACUUGCCGGUGAUGUUAGCCAGAGGCUGUGCUAUUUUGUGAAUGGCUUGCGAGGCAGGGAGAGCACCCAUUGAACCCAGGUUGGACAAUGUAAGGUCUGGAGUAGCAAACCUGAAACACGCUCUGUACAUACUAAACAUGUAGCUGUUGCAUUGCUGACCAUACAUCCACGUUUGGUGUUUGUGUGGCAUUCGAAGCCUGCCAGGUCAAGGAUGCGUUGCUACGGCAAUACGACGUGACCAAAGCCACGAGAGUACAACAUCAAUGUCUACCCCACCCUUGCUUAACUUCAUCACCAAUAGUGUUCUAGCUUUUUGCCUUGUUUGAUUCAGUAAUCUGCUUCAUUGAUUACAUCCUUUGUGCUAUUACAAAUUAUAUACCUUUGUUCUUUCAUUCACGUGUUUAGGCUUGUUCAUGUUGUGAUCUUCAAAUUUUAGUGUCUGGAUGACAGCUGUCUACAAAGUUAUGUUUUAUGACUUCACAUUGUUUAGAAAAUCUAUCAGAAAACAUUUUGAUGUAGUUAUAUUUCAAGGGAAUUCUUUUAAUUUAAUUUUGCUUGAAAUAACUGAUUUGACAUGAAUAAACUGCUUUUAAUUAGGUAACUGAUAGAAAGGGGAUUCAGUUUCUAUUGACAGUGUUAACAAGCUUGUAUCGUGUUCAUAUCGUAACGUUUUCUUGGCAAAAAUGCUCCUCAUGAACUACUGAAAUUUUGAAUUUUGUUUCAUAAAUUUUCAUUUAGUUUAUCCUUGAAUGCUAAGCUAUUAUUAACAUAUGCUUAUGUCAUAAUCCUAUAUAUAUAAUAUAUAUAUGCUGUAAAUUGCCUUUGUGUAAGGGCUGAGGUGGAGUAAUAUUUCAGAAAGGGCCUGGUUUGGACUAAGACAAGCAUAGCAUUUACCCAGCAGAAGGCAGUACCAUUCCAUUAACCUAAUAGACUUGUUUCACUGUGCUAAACAUUGUGUGUUGAAAUCAAACUGAUCUGUAUAAAAUCAAUUCAGACAUCUGAAUGUUCACUUGAUAUUGUUUUUUAUUUGUUUUAAUCAUCUGCAAGCCAUCAUUUUAUUUUCUAUGUUGCCCAGGUUUUGUCUAGGAUUAGAAAUAGCUAUUAACUCUGAGGCAUGUAAUUGUCUUUCACCAGUCAGGAUUACAGUGAAACUAACCAUGGUUCCCAAGAACAAUAAGAAACCAUGUAUAUUGUGUAGUUAACAAUUAUCAUUGAUAAGCAGGCUUUUCAAAGAAGUCAAUGGCCCCAUAUUGUUCGAAACUGAAAUAAUCACUGAAAUAUCUGAUGUUACCAUGGUUACUGUGGUUUAUGUAUGCUUCAAUUUUUGGUUUUCUGAAAACGGUGUUCUUUGUCAUUCACAAGAAAAUGGCCAUUGAUGGCUGGUAUUUCAUGUGAAUACAGUAAUCAAGAAACAAACAUUCAAGACCAGGGCUUUUUUAAUCUUAAAAGCAAUUUUGUAUGUCAAGAACAUGUGAUUUGACUUAAACACAAAUACUUGGACAUUCAAAAUCCUGCAUCUGAGUCUGAUGUAUAUAUUUUUUAAACACCUGAGUAUUAGUUUACAUUCUGAAUUUCAUGAAUAGAGAUCAGUUGUUUUUUUCGCCCUCAUCUCAUCAAUAAUACUUUUUGUUAAAAGAUUCAUAUUUUUACACAACUGUAUCUCCCACUGAUAACAAUGGCAUUAUUCUCUUGGUACAAUGAAUGUGUUCAAUUUGUCAUCGGGGUCAGACAGUUAUCGUGUCAUCUCCAACAUUUUAACUAUUAAUCAUAAAGAGGAAUUGUACUUAAGACUGUUGUCUGAUACUCAUUCUCCAUGACAACAUUUCACCAUUUAUUUUAGUAAAUAUUAAACGUGUUCAUAAGUUACAGGGGUGGUGGGAUAGCCUAGUGGUUAAAGCAUUCACUCGACAUGCCAAAGACCCAGGUUUGAUUCCCCACAUGGGUGCAAUGUGUGAAGCCCAUUUCUGGUGUCUUCCACUGUGAUAUUGCUGUUAUAUUGCUAAAAGCGGCGUUAAACUAGACUGAAUCAAUUCAAAAGUCAUGCUACCGUAUUUGCAUUGCUAGUCAUCAGUGUAAACUAAAGGUAGCGUAGCUCCCGUCACCAGCAGUAGUUGCUAAACCACUACAUCUUAAAUAUCCCUGUGAACAUACCGGUCGGAACUUGUAUUCAGCAACCCAUGAUCGUCAAAGGAGGCGAUACUAUGGUCAGGCUCAAUUACUUGGUUGGUGCAUGCCAUUGUAUUGUAGGGGCGGUGGGGUAGCCUAGUGGUUAAAGCGUUCGCUCGUCACGCUGAACACCCGGGUUCGAUUCCCCACAUGGGUUCAAUGUGUGAAGCCCAUUUCUGGUGUCCCCCGCCAUCAUAUUGCUGGAAUAUUGCUAAAAGUGGCGUAAAACUAAACUCACUCAUUGUAUUGUAGAUUAAUGCCCAAUCUCCAGUCCACAAUGAAUGUUUAAGGCCGCUGUCAUAUAGCUGGAACAUUGCUGAAUACAGCAUGAAACAAACUCCAAAUGUCAUAAAUGUAGGAGAUCGAGUGAUGCUGUCACCAUGGCUACAAAGCUACCUUUUCUCAAAAGUUACAAGUCUUGGUAAUAAGUCAUUUAUAGAAUGCUGCCAUAUGCCUGGAAUAUUGCUGAGUGCGGCUUUAAAAAAAACCCUAAACCAAACCAUUUACAGAAUGUGUUUUGAGCACAGAAUAUACUUGCACAUAGAUGCAUUGAUAAUUGUAAAAAAAUAAUGUUAUCUGCUUAUUGAAUUUUCUUUUUCUGACGUUUUGUUGGUAGUUUUAUUUCAAUAAAUGCCAUUCUUUGUCUGAAUUAGAAAUCUUCCAACUGUUAAGGUCGAAUGGUCCACUGCUUAUAUCUCUGCUUUGUUAUCAAAAUAGUUCAUUUGCAGCAUUUUGUUUACUGUUAGUAUUCCAUUUUUGUUAUUUCAUUGUUCAAAUAAUUGUUGAGUAAAAGUUUGUUUUUCAAAAAGCAAUUAAAAUGUAUUGUCUAUUA